AUGCCAAGAACGGAAAGAUAUUUUUUGUCCUCCAAUAUCCUCUUUCUUUUACUACUGCUCUUGAUGAACCUAGACUUAGGUUGGGCCUGGACAACCCCUGAUUGCACCAUAGCAGACAGUUCCCUGUUAACUAAUAUUUCCUACUACAUCCCAUUCUGUUCUUUGGCCCCAGGACUGCACCUUUUUGCAUUAUGCUCCAAUGUUAAAAACUUGGCUCACACCCUAGCAGCCCUUCCCAGGAGAUUGGAGGCACUAUGCCUCCAGGGCACAGUUCCUAUCCUACCAGCUGAUGCUUUUGAACAUUUCCCCACACUUCAGUUGCUGAGGCUGCAGCUGGGCACCAUGAGGGUUACUUCUGGAGCAUUUCAAGGAUUAGACCACCUGGAGUAUCUUUUCUUUGAGCUUCCCACACCCUGCUGCCUGAGCCUGUUCCUCCAGCCAGAUGCCCUCAAGCCUCUCAAGUUUCUCAACAGCCUCUCAUUCCAAGGUUACUGCCUGAAUUCUAGCCAUAAUAUCCAACUGCCUGUCAGUCUUAGAUAUCUGACUAUGAGGCACAGCUGUUUAAUGGAGCUUCAAGAAUUGCAAGGACUCUUCCCAAGCCUUGUCCCUGGUUCAAUUCCUAAAGGAAGCUCUAACCCACAGUCCUCAUUUCUAGAGGUGUUGGAUCUCUCAGCCAACCUACAGCUGAGUCGGGUUGGUAUCAGAGGCUUGCAUGGCCUCCAACUCCAUUCUCUAAAACUGGAUGGCACGCCACUCAGUGCAUUAGAGCUCAUAGGGUCAGGACUAUUUUACCUGAAUUCCCUUUCCCUCAUAAGCACAGGCACAAAAAAACUUCCUAGAAAUAUUACAGCCUACUUUAAGCUUCAUGCACUUGACCUUGGAAGAAACCAAAUCCAGAGAAUAGAGAAUGAGGACCUCCUAGGCUGCCACUCCCUGGAACUCCUCAACCUUCAUGCCAAUGGCUUGUAUUUUCUCCCCACCAGGUUCCUGGAUGCCUUGCCACAGCUUCAAAGGCUUAAUCUGUCAUUGAACAAAUUGGGCCCAACCUUAGAGCUCCCACAGGGAUUGGUCAAUUCAAACCUGAGAGUACUAGAUCUGUCCUACAAUGGACUCAAUGCUCUCCCUUCUGGCUCCUUUUUCUCUAUUCCUCAACUCCAGGAGCUCUGGCUGAGUGGUAACAACAUCACCAACUUAUCUAAUGGAAGCCUAGUGGGACUAAGAAGGCUGAAGACCCUAGAUCUGAGCUGGAAUAAAAUUAAGGUGCUAGAGCUAGGUUGGCUUUCCUUUCUUCCUGCUCUCACCUCACUAAACCUCCUCGGAACUUAUAUAGAGGUUUUCUCUGGCAAGCUGUUACAAGGUCCCCAGAAGCUAAGUCACCUAUGGCUGGGUUCUUUUGCAUCUUUAGAGCUUUGUUCUGAAUGGCCUUCAACACUGCUCAGCUUAGAGGCAUGGUCAGAAGUCGCCAUCACAUUUAGAGUCUCCCUUGGAGAAUCAUUUAAGCUCUUAGAAAGUCUUACCUUACAAACUCGUUAUGUGAUACAAGACGCAAACAAAACUAUCAUCCAUUUCCCUUCUCUACGUCAUCUCACCCUGAGAGGCUGUGACACAAAUGUUUUCUCUAUCCAAGAAUCCCAGAGAUUCUUCUCACGACUUCCUUUUCUGGAGCAUCUGCACUUCUGGUCUGAUCAUAGUAGAGAAGACAUACAAUUCUCUGGGAUGCCCCAGCUGCGAGUACUUGAGCUGGGGGACAUGGACAGACUUUCUGAACCGAGCACAGUGAAUCUGGAGGUGUUGUUGAAGGAACUACCUCAUCUAGAAGUGCUAGUAUUGAGCAACCUGAAUAUUGGGAACCUCUCACUCUCUAGUUUCAGGAAUGUGGGCCUCCUCCGUCUGCUGCUGUUAAACUCUGAAUGGGCCCUAGGACUGGACAGUAGCCUCCAGGAACUCAUUCCCCAGAUGCCUCAAUAUGUCUAUUUCUCAGAUGUCAUCUUCAUCUGCCAGUGUGAAAGCUCUUGGGUAGGGCUUUGGGCAGCACGGGCCCCAAACACCUUUGUUUAUGGACUAGAAAAAUCCAUUUGCAUGGCCAACGCCUCUGAUGUCUCCCAGACUCCACUGCUCUCUUUCCUUUCUGGUAACUGUCCAGAUGAUACUGAACUUCAGGGCUUUCUAACCAGCUUCACUCUGGUGCUUCUACUGAUCAUUUUUGCCUUACUUAGUUGCCCUAAAUGGCCUUGGGUGCACCACCUCCGGACCCUAUUCCAUGCCUGGUGUUGGAAGGUAGGUGGCUGGCACCACAGAAAUCAAUACACCUAUGAUGUCUUUAUAUCCUACUGUGAGAAGGACCAGGAGUGGGUGCUAGCAGAGUUGAUUCCUGCUCUGGAGAAGCCUCUUCCAUCUGGUGAGGGCUUCAGGAUAUGCAUACCAGAGAGGGACUUCGAGAUUGGGCAAGACAGGAUGGACACAAUGGCUGACAGCUUGAAGACAAGCAGAACUAUCCUGUGUGUGCUCAGUCGCCAAGCCCUGGACAAUCUCUGGUGCAAUCUAGAGUUAAGGCUUGCCACCUACCUGUUAGUGGCCAAGCCUGGUACGACACACCUCCUGCUACUCUUCCUAGAACCUAUUGAUCGGAAACAGCUUCAUAGCUACCACCGCCUUGCACGGUGGCUUCAAAGAGAGGACUAUUUGAAUCUUCCCCAAAAGAGAACAGAAUGGGAUGCUUUCUGGGAGCAACUUCGGAAAAAGUUAAGAAAAGCUGUACAAGAAAGAGAGGAUUAG